CUAAAAAACAAUAAAAUGUUUAAUUUUAGAAAUGGAAAUCAGAGCAAAGAAUGUUCUUGGAACCGAUGAAUACGAACAGAUGUCGGACUACAGAAACAAACGCUGCGAACGCCUUGUCAUAUUCGUAUUCGUUUAUCUUUCAGGUUUGGUCCAGUGGAUAAUAAGACCUAUAUACGAAAUUUGCAAUGGCAGAACGGGUAUGAUCAUAGAAGCUUGGAUCCCAUGGGACAAAGAUACCAUAUACGGCUGGGCAAUCGUCUUUAUCCUCCAGUUCGUCCACGUGACGACGGCUAUCAUGGCGCUUAUCAUAAUCUACGUCCUAUACCUGUCCAUUGUGGAGAUGAUUCUGUGCCAGAUAGAGGUGCUCCACUGCGCCCUUAGGAAAUUGGAUUUUUCGCUUCCAGGGGCUGAUCAUCACCCCCCUAUUACUCUCAGAUACUGCGUUCAGCAGCAUCAAGAUAUUUUAUCGUAA